AUGGACUCAACCCCCCUUUGCCACAUUGUGGCUCCAGUCGGCUGUAUGGGCUAUGGUUUCGACGAGAGCCUUGUGGAACUGGAGCUGGCACAACUCGCACCAAGCAAUGUUCCGACUGCUAUCAUCCUCGACGCAGGUUCGACAGACAGUGGCCCCGAAAAGCUGGCUCUUGGGACCACGACUGGCCCACGCUCGUCAUAUGUCAAGGACCUUACCAAGCUAUUGAAGUUGGUUCACACCUUUCAAGUGCCGUUGAUCUUUAGCUCUGCUGGGGGUGACGGCUCCAAUGAACAUGUAAGGUUGAUGGAGGAGAUUAUUGAAGAGAUUUCAGCAGAAGAGACAAACAGGCAUUACUCUUUCAAGACCGUGUCGCUCUUCUCGGGUAUUGAUAAGUCUGUUAUUCUCGAUCGUCUGAAGGCAGGUUGUAUUACGGGAUGCGGAGCGUGCGUCCCAGUCUUGACGGAGAAGGACGUCACAAAUCUCCUCGAGUAG